GUGCUUGCAAUAAUGGCUAACAGUGCUUCAAAUAAUGACACUAUGUGCGAGGCACUGCAAGAAUUGUGUCAGAAUGAAGGUGUGACAUUUAAUGCACACUGGGGUCGACUGCAGUGCAUGCUGCAUACAACCCAUCUUUCAGCUUUAGUGCUAUUGGAAGGCAUUGGUGCCAUCAAGGCUAGCAGUAUGACGAAGAAUCACAAUGCAUACCAGGACUGUGUGACUGCUCCACUUAGUCGAGAGUAUGACAACAAUGUUGCUGGACAGGAAGAUCAACCAGAUGAAGUAUCGAGUGACAGUCUUCAUGAAGUCCUCUCUGCAGUUUCAAAGGUGAGUUCAAGUUAA